AUGACGACCCUCGUUGAGAUCCAGUACCGGUUGUUUAUGUACAGUAGCACCGAGCCAGAUACUCUUCGUCCAGUGGUGCGUUUGGGCACAUUUGAGCACGUUGUGAGCCCGAGCCGACCUGAAGAGCAAGAAGUCGACUACGAGGUGAUGGCCAGGGAUAACCUCAGGAUGGCUCACUGGGACUACCGCAGUGGUAACAGGACUCCUAGUUUGGCGCCGAUAUUCCUGCAUCCGCGGCUUUCGCCUACAAAUCUGUUUCAGAGAGAAUCAUCUGUUGCUCAGCGAACUUCAUGA